AUCCCUUUACAAUUUUUAUUUUAUUUCACGGUUAAAGGUCCCAUGACUUUCCCUUUUUUUUUUUAAUUUUUUUAAAUAUGAAGCAGGUCAAAGUGCUUUACAAGUACUGUAAAAUACUCAAAACGCUCAAUGCAUGGAGAAAUACACACAUCCCGUAUUCAGAAACCUUGCCUUUUUAAACGAGGCCUCUGUGCGGUCACAAUACAAUAUGAAGACCACUUCAGUUUUAAACGGGAUCAAAUGUGUUCCACUUUAUUUAUGGUUGCACUGUAUUUUGACUGACAUCAGCUGAUAAACUAAACUUGGACCCAAGCUGUUGCCUAGCAACACAAUUCAGUUGAAAUGAGCUCAAGCCGUUAGACAGAAUAUACAAUUCAGUUAGAAAUAUGUCAUCUUCAAAGUAACAACACGUCAGGGGUAUGACCUGUUCACCUUCUUCAUCUUAUUUGUCAGUUAUAUUCUUCGGUUUUAAAUUUGAGAAAAACUGACUGAUGCCACUGCAAACCAUGGAGAACACCGUUACUGAGGAGGAAAACGCCGCUCCGCCGCUACGAAGAGGUCGCUGGAGCGGCGUCAAGAGACGCUGGGAUUACCUUCUGCAGAAUGCAUUUGUGGCUUCAAGUCUAGCAGCUGUUGUCCUGGGUAUUGCCUUGGGCUUGUUUCUUAAGUUUUACAUCAAUCUGUCCGACCACGACCAACUCUAUAUCAUCUUUCCAGGAGAGGUACUCCAGCGGAUACUUCAGGUCGUCUCCAUUCCUCUAAUUAUCACAAGUGUCAUAACAAGUUGUUCUGGUCUAAAAGGUGGAAAGGUUGCUGUACGUGCAUCAGCAUACUUUGUCUCAACCACUCUUCUGUCUAUGACUUUGGGGUUGAUUCUGGUUCUGACCAUCAAGCCAGGACUGGAUGCCGUGGGAAAAGAUGAUACAGAAGAUGAGGAGUUAUUCUCUAUUGUCAUUGCCAUAUUGGAUAUAGCAUGGAACAUUUCCCCAGAAAACCUGAUGGUGGCUUGCUACCGACAGGACAAGACUGAGAGGGUUGAGUUUGAAAUUGAAGCAGAUGAGCAACGUUUUAGUCUGGAGACGAAUGCAACACGAGUGCGAAUUGAGCACCAUGGUGUUGAAGGCACCAACAUAUUGGGCCUGAUUGUCUGGUCUUUGGUUUUUGGCCUGGCUCUCAACAAGAUGGGAAAACGUGGGGAAAUCUUUUUAGAGGCCCUUACUGUGUUCAACGAGGUCACAAAAAAUGCGGUCAAGGGGAUUCUCAGCUACUUGCCACUUGGGGUGCUAUUCAUGGUCACAGGCAUUGUCGUUGAGGUUGAUGACUGGGAAAUAACCUUCAAACUCGGAAAGUUCAUCGGCGUAGUUGUUUUUGGGCUUGUAAUCCAUGGAACAUUAGUUUUACCCCUGAUCUAUUUCCUAUUUGUGAGACGUAACCCCUAUGCUGUCAUCAAGGGUUUUUUUCCUGCCUUAAAGACUGCAUUCGUCGUCUCGUCCAGCUCUGCCACACUGCCACUCACUUUCCAAUGUUGUGAGGAGCGACUCAAGGUCGACAAAAGAAUCAGUCGCUUCAUGCUGCCCAUCGCGACCAACAUCAACAUGGACGGAACUUUCAUUUACGAAGUGGUCGCAGCAGUUUUCAUUGCCCAACUCAACCACAUCGAUCUGCAAUUGAAUCAGUGGAUUACCAUCGCUUUGACAGCAGCAGUGUCAAUCGUAGGAGCAGCAGGGUUCCCAGCUAGAGGAGCAGUGACCACUAUUUUUGUUUUAACCGUGGUUGGUUUACCUGCAAAGGAAGCCUGCCUUCUCGUGGUUAUAGAGUGUUUACUAGACCGCUGCAACACGGUUAUAAAUGUCUUGGGAGACUGUAUUGGCGUGGCACUCAUUGACCAAGUGUCAAAAGGAGAUCUGGAAGAUAUAGGGGAGCAAGGACAGGAAAUUAAAAGGGGGCAUGACAGUGAUGCUGAAGCCCAAACUCCAGAUAAGAUCCAGGUCCACAUCAGCUAGACCUCUGAUGAUGACACCCUCAACACCCCGCCAAAAAUCACAUCAUUCCAACACAGUGAC